UUGCAUCCAGCGCAAAUCGUUGUCACUUUCUAACCCUUCCACUGUGCUUCAUGAUGCGCACCGAUAGCCCAUUGGUGGUGUUGGAAAAGGGGCGGGACUUAUCCCUAACAGCGAAUGUGUGAUUGGCUAGGUGUCACGGGGUUAUACGGAAGCAGUUGAAUUCUGUACAUGCGUCAAAAUCCAAAACAUGGAACAAAAUAAUGACGGGGGCAUGUCCCAGGUCCGGCAUGUUGUAUUGGUGCUGUCUGGGAAAGGAGGAGUGGGAAAGAGCACCAUCACCACAGAGUUAGCUCUGGCUCUCAGGCAUGCUGGCAACAAGGUUGGCAUCCUGGAUAUUGACCUCUGUGGCCCCAGUAUCCCCCGCAUGUUGAAUGUGGGACGGACUGACGUGCACCAGUGUGACUCAGGAUGGGUGCCGGUCUACACUGAUGCAGAAAAGAGCCUCGCCCUCAUGUCCAUCGGCUUUCUGCUGGAGGACCCAGAUGAAGCAGUGGUAUGGAGGGGGCCAAAGAAAACCGCUUUGAUUGGCCAGUUUGUGUCGGAUGUAGCGUGGGGAGAGCUGGAUGUGCUGCUGAUCGAUACCCCGCCAGGCACGUCUGACGAGCAUUUGGCGGUGUUGGACAACCUUAAAAAACACAGAUUGGAUGGAGCUGUUUUGGUCACCACUCCUCAGGCAGUUUCUACAGGAGAUGUGAGGAGAGAGAUCACCUUCUGUAAGAAGACGGGUGUACGGAUCCUGGGCAUCAUCGAGAACAUGAGCGGAUUUGUUUGUCCACACUGCUCAGAGUGCAGCAACAUUUUCUCAAAAGGCGGAGGUGAAGAGUUAGCCAAGCUGACCGGGUCAAUAUUCCUCGGUUCUGUGCCCUUGGAUCCUCUGCUCAGCACCAGCAUAGAGGAGGGCAAAGACUUCCUGAAGUCAUUUCCCGACAGCGCCACCUUCAGUGCCAUCAGCAGCAUCUCUCAGACUCUGCUCAGCAGCCUCCAAACAUCUUGAACCAAGAUUACUUUUGCUCCAAAUUGUUUACGUUUGAACAGAGGCUCUGUAAAAUGUACAUUAUAAUACAUGUUAGUGGUGGUGCGGAUGAUUUCCAUGUUGCAUUUUUGUGCUGUACAGUUUAACAAUAUUAAACUAUUUACUAAUGA